GGUAGGGCGGGGCGGGCGGCGCCGAGGGGAUCCCGGGGCGGCGGAGCGUCCGUGACUCCGCUCCGCGCGGCGACAUGGACCGGAUGGCCAGCUCCAUGAAGCAGGUACCCAACCCCCUGCCCAAAGUGCUGAGCCGGCGCGGGGUCAGCGCGGGGAUGGAGGCGGCCGAGCGGGAGAGCUUCGAGCGGACUCAGGAAGGUGUCCCUGGCCUCUGUUCCUCCCCGAGCCCAUCCCAGCCCCUCCUUGGUGCUCCUUGGACCCCUACGCAUCUCCUUGUGCAGACUGUCAGCAUCAAUAAGGCCAUUAAUACGCAGGAAGUGGCUGUAAAGGAAAAACACGCCAGAACAUGCAUUCUGGGCACCCACCAUGAGAAAGGGGCACAGACCUUCUGGUCCGUUGUCAACCGACUGCCCCUCUCUAGCAAUGCUGUGCUCUGCUGGAAGUUCUGCCACGUGUUCCACAAACUCCUCCGAGAUGGACAUCCAAACGUGCUGAAGGACUCUCUGCGAUUCAAGAAUGAACUGAGUGACAUGAGCAGGAUGUGGGGUCACCUGAGUGAGGGAUAUGGACAGCUGUGUAGCAUCUACCUCAAGCUUCUGAGGACGAAGAUGGAAUACCACACCAAAAAUCCCAGGUUCCCAGGCAACCUCCAGAUGAGUGACCGGCAGCUGGAUGAUGCUGGAGAGAGUGACGUUAACAACUUUUUCCAGUUAACAGUGGAGAUGUUCGACUACCUGGAGUGUGAACUUAACCUCUUCCAAACUGUGUUCAACUCCCUGGACAUGUCCCGCUCCGUGUCAGUGACAACAGCUGGGCAGUGCCGCCUCGCCCCGUUGAUCCAGGUCAUACUGGACUGCAGCCACCUCUAUGAUUACACUGUCAAGCUUCUCUUCAAACUCCACUCCUGUCUCCCAGCCGACACCCUGCAAGGCCAUAGGGACCGCUUCAUGGAGCAGUUCACAAAGCUGAAAGAUCUGUUCUACCGCUCCAGCAACCUACAGUACUUCAAGCGGCUAAUUCAGAUCCCUCAGCUGCCUGAGAACCCACCCAACUUCCUGCGAGCCUCCGCCCUGUCCGAACACAUCAGCCCCGUGGUGGUCAUCCCAGCCGAGGCCUCAUCCCCUGACAAUGAGCCAGUCUUGGAGAAGGAUGACCUCAUGGACAUGGAUGCCUCCCAGCAGAAUUUAUUCGACCACAAGUUUGAUGACAUCUUUGGCAGCUCAUUCAGCAAUGACCCCUUCAAUUUCAACAGUCAGAAUGGUGUGAGCAAGGAUGACAAGGAUCAUUUAAUUGAUCAGCUGUACAGAGAAAUCAAUGGGCUGAAAGUGCAGUUGGAAAACAUGAAGACUGAGAGCCAGCGAGCCACACUGCAGCUGAAGGGCCGGGUCAGCGAGCUGGAAGCUGAGCUGGCCGAGCAGCAGCACCUGAGGCAGCAAGCAGCCGACGACAGUGAGUUCCUCCGGGCCGAGCUGGACGAGCUCAAGAAGCAGCGAGAAGACACAGAGAAGGCCCAGCGGAGCCUGACGGAGAUUGAAAGGAAAGCCCAGGCCAAUGAACAGCGGUACAGCAAGCUGAAGGGGAAGUACAGUGAGCUGGUGCAGAGCCACGCUGACCUGCUGCGGAAGAACGCAGAGGUGACCAAACAGGUGUCUGUGGCCAGACAAGCCCAGGUGGAUUUGGAACGAGAGAAAAAAGAACUAGAGGAUUCCUUCCAGCGCAUAAGUGACCAGGCCCAGAGGAGGACUCAAGAACAGACGGAAGUCUUAGACAGCUUGAAGCAAGAACUUGCCACCAGCAAACGGGAGCUCCAGACUGUCCAGGGCAGCCUAGAAGUUUCUGCCCAGUCAGAAGCCAAAAGGGCAACCCAGAUGGCUGAUCUGGAGAAGGAGCGGGCUGGGUUGGUGCAAACCAUGUCUCGUCGCGAGGAGGAAUUAACUGCCCUUCGGGAACAGCUGGAAGUCAUCCAGCUCAAACUGGGCAGGACGGAGGAAUCUGUGUACCAGCUCGCAAAGGACCAACGAAAAAAGCUUCUGAUGGAGUCAAGGAAGGCUGCAGAGCAGGUGGUCCAGGAGGCCCUGAGGCAGCUUGAGGAACCCCCUCUCAUCAGCUGCACUGGAUCUGCAGAUCACCUCCUCGCCAAGGUCAGGUCUGUUUCCAGCUGCAUUGAGCAACUGGAAGAGAAAUGGAGCCUGUAUUGUGCCUCCCCGGACGAUAUCAGUGGGCUUCUCCACUCGGUGACCCUCCUUGCCCACUUGACCAGUGACACCAUUAUUCACGGCAGCGCCACCUGCCUUCGAUCCCCACCAGAGCCUGCCGACUCACUGGCUGAGGCCUGCAAGCAGUGUGGCAAGGAAACCCUCAUCUAUCUGGCUGCCCUGGAGGAAGAGGGAGCCCCAGAGAGUGCCAACAGCACAGCCGUGAGGAGCUGCCUCAGCAAGAUCACAGCCAUUGGCGAGGAGCUCCUGCCCAGAGGCCUGGACAUCAAACAGGAGGAGCUGGGGGACCUGGUAGACAAGGAGAUGGCAGCCACUUCAGCUGCCAUUGAGGCUGCUACCACCAGGAUAGAGGAGAUGCUCAGCAAAUCCCGAGCUGGAGACACGGGAGUCAAAUUGGAGGUGAACGAGAGGAUCCUUGGUUCCUGCACCAGCCUGAUGCAAGCUAUUCAGGUCCUGAUUGUGGCCUCUAAGGACCUCCAGCGAGAAAUUGUGGAGAGUGGCCGGGGUACAGCAUCUCCUAAAGAGUUCUAUGCCAAGAAUUCACGAUGGACAGAAGGACUCAUCUCAGCCUCCAAAGCGGUGGGCUGGGGGGCCACUGUCAUGGUGGAUGCAGCCGAUAUGGUGGUACAAGGCAGAGGGAAGUUUGAGGAGCUCAUGGUGUGUUCCCACGAAAUCGCUGCUAGCACAGCCCAGCUUGUGGCUGCAUCCAAGGUGAAAGCUGAUAAGGACAGCCUGAACCUGGCCCGGCUGCAGCAGGCCUCUCGGGGGGUGAGCCAGGCCACUGCCGCUGUUGUGGCCUCGACUAUUUCCGGCAAGUCACAGAUCGAGGAAACAGACAGUAUGGACUUCUCCAGCAUGACGCUGAUGCAGAUCAAACGCCAGGAGAUGGAUUCCCAGGUCAGGGUGCUGGAGCUGGAAAACGAGUUGCAGAAGGAGCGGCAGAAACUGGGAGAGCUUCGGAAAAAGCACUACGAGCUGGCCAGGGUUGCCGAGGGCUGGGAAGAAGGAACAGAAGCAUCUCCACCUACACUGCAAGAAGCGGUAACUGAGAAAGAAUAGAGGCACGGCAAUGGCCCACGCAGCAGUUCUUCUCAGUUUCAUCAUUUGCACAAACUUGUGAGCAUCAGAGGGCUUGCGGACUCCAAACCAGGCCACCACCCUGAAUCUGCCCACAGUCAGAAGGAAGUAGGAGUGUCCUGGCUGAGAAUACCAAGGCAACACCCCCUCUUCUGGCAGUUCCAUGGAUUCCCACUGCUUCUCACGGUGGUCGGUUGGAUUUUUUGGCUUUUCUUCUUUUCCAAGUUGCACUCAUCUAGCCAACUCUCCUGCAGGGAGCACCCCUGGGGCCCUGAGCUCUUGGGGGCCCCUAACUGCAGCAGUCAGCAGCAGUGGUGCUGCUCAGGCGUCACCUUGGUGCUCCACAUCAGCCUCCGUGCCAAGCGUCCUGCUGAGCGAGUGAGGGGCAGUGAGGCCACUGCCCAGGGUGGGGCAGGGCUGCCGGGCCACACUCUCCAAGGCAGAAGCAGAGUGAGUGCCUUUCCCUCCUAAAGCUGGAACCCAGCCGAAAGCCUCUGCCCACCUUCACGAGCGACAGCUACAGAGGCGGGGGAUUGAGGGGUGCCCAGGUCUUCAGGAGACACGUUUCUUGGGAACUCCUUGUGACCAGCCUGAAAAACCUUGUCACAUGCUUGAGUGUGCUAGUGAGAGGAGCCAUCCUUCUCCCCACCGCCGGGGUGGGUUUUCCCUGCCACCUCACAUUAGCCACCUCCUUUCAGACCCAGGCAGGGCCCCAAGCGCAAUCAUGUGAGAGGUUUCCAAUUCCUUUCUCCAAAUGCCUGCCUCGGCAUCCUCUUGAAUCUGAAGAACAUAGUUCCCAAGUCAGGCAGACUUGCUCCCAGCAGGAAAGAACCCUGUGCUUAUUUGGCACCUUUAAUAUUUAUUGCUAACCUCUGCUGAGCAGCAGCAGCAGCCUACAGAAAGACGCUUGGAGCAGUCAGAUUUCAGGUAUGAGUGUGGUAAGGUUCUUGUGGCUGCCAUGGCAUGACCGUGUCCGAGAAUCAGAGACAAGGCCAAGAUGUCCCGUCUGCCCCUGGCAUGGAUCCCUGAGCAGGCAGGUUCCCUGGAGCUUCUGGGUCAGGGAGAAAGGAGGACGCAUGUCCCCGGCCCUCACUGCCCUGGGGUGGGAUGAGGAUGGGGCGUGUCAACAGCCUCCUGGAGACAGGCAGCCUGGCUGGACAGCACUGCUCUGCCUCCCACUGGCCCCAGCAUUUAAGUGACCUUCCAAUCUCAGACAAACAGCGUCUUCCUUCCUCUCUGUAGCAACUGACAGGUAGUAGCCAACACUCACCUCCCAGGACCUGUCGCAAAUAUUGCCAAGUUGAUACAGGGCAGGUCGUGAGACUCAUGUUUGAUCACUGUGACUCACUCACUCCCCUCCUUCCUAAACACCCCCCAACUCCCUCUCAGUUUUCUAAGUAGGGCUCUCAAAAAAACGGUCUCCCAUUAGCUCAGAUGACAGAGACUCAGAUGUGUGAUCUCCCUGCGGGGCUUACGAGAGGUCAGCACUGGGAAUAGAGUGCUCCUAUGUUAAUACCGCCUUGUCCUCUGCAUUGUUAUAUCCAAGGCAUGGUGUGUGGCAAGCCUGGCCCAGUUGUGCCAGUUAAGCCCAUUGGCUUGUUCUCAGUGUGAGUGAACAUUUCCAGAGCUGGCCAGUCCUCACUUCCAGGGUCUCAGCCCUUCAAACUGUCUGGCUCCAAAUUACCAAUGUAGUGGAGGAAGUCUAGUAUAUUGGGCCACAUUAGGAUUCUCUGAAUAAUACUCCCUCUAAAAUGAAGCCAUGGUAAUUUUUAAAACCUUUGUGGACUUAGCCUGAGUAAUAAAGCAGUUAAGGACGCACUUAAGUGGGGAGCAUGGGGUAAUUCAGCCUUACAUGAGGAAAUACCUGUCAGCUGUCGUGCAUUACUUUCAUCAUUGCUCAGAGUGGAAGCUAGUCUAUCCUCUAGCCAAAGUAAAAAAUGAGUGUGGUAUUUGGUGUGGAAAUACCUUGAUUGAAACAGGAAUCCCAUCCUAAGGCUAGAAAUGAACCUCACAGCCUUAAAAGCUGCUGAGCUUCCACCUGUUUGUACCUAGGAAGUGCUCACAUUAAAUUUGUCACUGAGCAUCAGUAGUGACUGAAGUCUCAGGGCCAGUGUAAACAGGUCACAGCAAAGCAGGACAACAACGGCAUAGGAUUGACGAGAGGUUAAACUACUCACACUGGUUAUUAAAUUUUGUAGUACAAAGUGCUAAUACCUCUAGAAUAAGAAUAGGUGUGUACAUAGUAAGGAAAAAAUAGAACAAAGUACUUAACUUUGAGGGGUUAUUUUAUAUCUCAGCAAGGAUCUUAAGUUAGACUGCAAUUCAUGCUGCUUGCUGAUCCUGCUGUGCACAACCGGUCCCUAGGAUCCCGUGUGAAUAUGAGCCCCUAACCCAGCGGCUGGAGGAACCAGACCUUUUUCAGAGCAUCCUUUCUGGAAGUGUUUGAGCUGCCACGUCAGACACCAUGAUUCACACCGGGUACCAGGGGGUCACCAUUGCAUGUCACCCAGGUGGGCUUGCCUCAGCUUCUCACCGAGGAAGAGCUGAGCUGGCUCCAAGCUUGCAGCUGGGAAGUGCUCACUUCUUGGCCAGCUCCUGAAUCUAGAGGCAUCUACUGGUUCUGCUUACCCUGGUCUUUAGUACCUGGUCAAGUUCUUGCUAUCUUCCACCACCUUUCAAGUCUCUGGAGGUCCUGCCUGCCAAUGAAAGCCUUCUUCGAUCCUGGCAUUGGCCUUCCAACCAGACUGGCUUUGCCCUCUCUGCAUCCUCAGGCCUCCAGAGACUGCACACCUGUCGCACAGACUACCACCACCACGGGCCGGAUACGGCAAAUGGGCUGGCUGGCUGCUGCUCCAGCCCUUCGUCUCCCAGGUCCAUACCAAGUGCAGGGUCAGCAGCCCACCGUGAUGCACUGCCUCCCACCACAGCAGCCAAAGCACCUUGAAAUAAUCGGAUAGGUGCUGUUUGGUCCAAUUCUGAGAGUAGAUACCUGCCAGACAUGUCUUUCAGGCAACCCUCAACUACCUCAGGUUUGAAGGCCCUAAAUUAAGCUGAGAUUACUACUCAUAGGGACAAACCAGAGGGGGUUCCAAUAUACCUGGUGAUAACACAGUUGUCUCAAACUUACAACAAACUCUCACAUUUAGGUUUGCAGGGAUGGGGUUGGAUUUAUUUUUCUUCUAUUUUUAACUUUUUCCCUGACGUUCCAUUAGAAUAGGUCCUGUAAAUGACUUUCAUUUUCCAGAGUGCCUACCUUCCCAGGGCAGAUAGCCACUGGCUUUUGUUUCCUUCCAACAAUACUUUUAUUAAGGUUACCUUUCUUUGUAUAAUACAUUGCAUCUGUGUUUUCAAUUUUUCAAAUAAAUAUUUCAGCCUGGCAA